ACAGAUCUGAUGCCCUUCGGCAAGUCGUGUGACGCCAGCGCUUGUGGGAAAAAGGGCAAAACAUUUUAGGGCCGAUCAAAGUAGAGGACAUUUUUUGGUCCUACUUCUGGCGAGGGCACGUUUUACUGGCUAACGUUGGAAAAAGAGGCCUGGAUCGUGAUUCUUUCAAUCGAGAUAUUUUCAGUAGUCCAAGAGGCGGCGUCAACUACGAGUAUUGGACUUGGAGAUCAUUCUGGGGAACGUGGAAGCUCGGCCUCUCCUCACCAAACUCGCACAAGGAGGGGCUGUCCAUGCAUGCGGAACCCUCAAUACAGCGACUUGCAUUGUUUCACAUUUCAACAAGUCGAGGAGAGACAUAAAUCUUACCUAUAAUAAUAAUGAAAAGGGAUGGUUGUUGGCAUCAUGAGAUGUAAUGUUGUGGAGGGAUUGUGGGAAGUAUCUUAAACACUUGGGAUACCAACUUCGCCUGGAGCCUUCGACCUGCAAGAACCCAGACACUCGCAGGAUGCUUGUUGUUGAUUUUACGCACCUCAGAAGCAGAGAUUCAGGCCCAUAUUUGUCUUUCGCAUUCUAUUCCGUUUUUCCAACAACCCUGGCUGUCGAAGCGCAGAUGCCGCGGACUUCGGAACUCGGACUUCUAAGGGUGGCAGUAUUUCCCACGCUCAAAAGGAGAAACCUUUGGAACUUAUGCAUUAUAAAAAUUACCGGGGUGAUUACUGAGCGCGCUGGAUGAAAUGUUGAAGCAUGAUAUAGCCGAAUACGGCAAAGUAUGGCGGACAACAGCCGGUAUGGUACUC